CGGGCCCCACACACUUAAAUAGAAUGUCCCUCCUCUUCAUACUACUCUCACUCACUCAUCCCUCUAUCACCAACCUAUACUUACACACAUUUCACCUAUACACACAGAUCCAGAGCUUCCGUUGAGCUGCUGCAAUGGCGGUGGAGAUGGGGAAGACGGUGCUGGAUAAAGGGUGGUUAGCUGCGCGGUCAACGGAGGUUGACCUCACCGGAGUUCAGCUCACCACUACUCAUCCUCCCGCAAUUUCGCCUGCCGGGAGUCCCUGGAUGGAGGCUCAUGUCCCCGGAACUGUACUGGCGACCCUUUUAAAGAACAAACUCAUACCAGAUCCUUUUUAUGGGUUGGAAAAUGAGUCCAUUAUAGAUAUUGCUGAUUCGGGGAGGGAGUACUACACUUUUUGGUUUUUCACAAGUUUUCAGUGUAAGCCGAUGAGUAAUCAGCACGUGAAUCUGAAUUUCCGGGCCAUUAAUUAUUCUGGAGAAGUGUAUUUGAAUGGGCACAGAAGGGUCUUGCCGAAAGGGAUGUUCCGAAGACAUUCCCUUGAUAUAACUGAUAUCCUGCAUCCUGAUGGUCAGAAUUUACUUGCUGUUAUUAUUUACCCUCCUGACCAUCCAGGCAGGAUUCCUCCAGAGGGAGGCCAAGGUGGUGAUCAUGAGAUUGGGAAAGAUGUUGCUACACAGUAUGUUGAAGGCUGGGACUGGAUAGCUCCUAUAAGGGAUAGGAACACUGGCAUCUGGGAUGAAGUAUCUGUUUCUGUUACUGGGCCUGUAAAGAUAGUGGAUCCUCAUUUGGUGUCAUCAUUCUUUGAUGGCUGUAGGCGAGUAUAUUUGCAUGCAACCACUGAAUUGGUAAACAAUAGUGCUUCAGUUGCUGAGUGUGACUUGAAUAUCCAAGUAACAACAGAGCUUGAAGGAAAUGUAUGCUUGGUAGAACAUCUUCAGAAAGAACAUGUGUCAAUCCUUCCUGGAGGUCAUGUUCAAUAUACCUUUCCUGAGGCUUUCUUUUACAAGCCUAAUCUAUGGUGGCCAAAUGGCAUGGGAAAGCAAUCUCUCUACAAUGUUGAAAUAUCUGUUGAGGUGAAGGGUUUUGGGGAGUCUGAUUCAUGGAGCCAUCCAUUUGGAUUUCGCAAAAUUGAAAGCCACAUUGAUAGUGCAACUGGGGGAAGGUUGUUUAAGGUGAAUGAUCAACCAAUUUUUAUCCGCGGAGGCAACUGGAUAUUGUCUGAUGGACUAUUACGACUUUCAGACGAACGUUAUAAAACGGAUAUCAAAUUUCAUGCAGAUAUGAACUUCAACAUGAUACGCUGUUGGGGUGGUGGAUUGGCUGAGAGACCCGAGUUUUACCAUUACUGUGAUAUUUAUGGACUGCUGGUUUGGCAAGAGUUUUGGAUAACUGGAGAUGUUGAUGGACGAGGUGAUCCAGUUUCAAACCCUGAUGGUCCUUUAGAUCAUGACCUUUUCAUGUUCUGUGCAAGAGACACUGUCAAGCUUCUCAGAAAUCAUCCUAGUCUUGCUCUUUGGGUAGGGGGCAAUGAACAAGUUCCACCGGAUGAUAUCAACACAGCUUUAAAAAAUGAUCUUAAACUCCAUCCAUAUUUUCAGAAAAUCAAUGAAACUGAAAACUUAACAAAAGAACUCUCCCCAGUUUUAAAGGAUCCUAGUCAAUAUCUUGAUGGUACACGCAUUUAUGUACAAGGAUCUAUGUGGGAUGGCUUUGCAAACGGUAAAGGAGAUUUCACGGAUGGGCCAUAUGAAAUUCAGAACCCUGAAAACUUUUUUAAGGAUGAUUUCUACAAGUAUGGCUUCAACCCUGAGGUUGGUUCGGUUGGAAUGCCUGUUGCAGCUACUAUCAGGGCAACAAUGCCUCCAGAGGGAUGGCAGAUUCCUUUGUUUACUAAGCUCUCUGAUGGCUAUGUAAAAGAGGUUCCGAAUCCUAUAUGGGAUUACCAUAAAUACAUUCCUUAUUCAAAGCCAAGCUUAGUUCAUGAUCAAAUAUUGCAAUAUGGUACCACAAAGGAUCUUGACGAUUUUUGUCUCAAGGCCCAACUAGUUAAUUAUAUACAGUACAGAGCUCUGCUAGAAGGCUGGACUUCUCGAAUGUGGAGUAAAUACACAGGAGUCCUAAUAUGGAAAACACAAAAUCCUUGGACAGGUCUAAGAGGCCAAUUUUAUGAUCAUCUUCAUGAUCAAACUGCAGGGUUUUAUGGUUGUCGCUCAGCAGCAGAACCAAUACAUGUCCAGCUAAAUCUGGCAACAUAUUUUAUAGAGGUUGUUAACACUACAGCUGAUAGAUUGUCAAAUGUGGCAAUAGAAGUAUCUGUGUGGGAUUUGGAUGGAGCUUGUCCAUACUACAAAGUAACUGAAGUACUCUCUGUUCCAUCUAAGAAAACUGUACCGAUAAUAGAGAUGAAGUACCCAAAGUCUAAAAAACCAAAGCCUGUCUACUUUUUGCUUCUCAAAUUUUACAAUGUAUCAGAUGACAGCAUAUUGUCAAGGAACUUUUAUUGGUUGCAUCCUCCUGGUGGUGAUUACAAAUCAUUGGAACCAUACAGGAAGAAGACAGUACCCCUCAAAAUAACUUCGCUGACUAUGAUACGUGGGUCAAGUUAUGAAAUGCGGAUGCAUGUAGAGAACACCUCAAAGAAACCAGAUUCCAAAAAUUUGCUAUACAAAAAUAAUUUUGCUCACAUUAACAGCAACAAUGAUUUUGAUAGUUCCUCAUCGAGAUCUGUACAUAAUCAUGAAGAGCAGCAGAUCAAAGGGAGUGUCGUGGUGAUGAAGAAGAACUUGUUUGAGCUGAAUGAUGUUACGGCUUCGGUUCGUGAUUGGUCUGAUGAGAUAUUGGGACAUAAGAUCUCCUUGCAGCUUGUCAGUGCUGUUAAUGUUGACACACAUGACAAUAAGGUGCAUGGGAAACAUGGCAAACCGGCCAUUCUGGAGAACUGGACUUCGAAAACUCCUAAAACAGUGAGUGAUGCAACGUUCGACGUUAGUUUUGAUUGGGACAAGGAGAGUGAUGGAGUGCCAGGGGCAUUUAUCAUUAAGAAUAAUCACCACCAUGAAUUCUACCUUAAGACCCUUACGCUUGAAGAUGUUCCUGGCUAUGGUCGUGUUCAUUUUAUCUGCUAUUCUUGGGUUUACCCUGCCACGUUUUACAAGAAAGACCGCGUUUUUUUCACCAAUCAGACUUAUAUUCCAAGUAGAACGCCGCAAGCUUUGAAGUACUACAGGGAAGAAGAACUGGAAACCCUGAGAGGAACCGGAACAGGGAAACUUGAGGAAUGGGACCGUGUUUAUGAUUAUGAUACGUACAAUGAUUUGAGUAAACCAGAUAAAGGUGCCAAGUAUACUCGGCAUAUUCUUGGAGGAAGUAGCGAGUAUCCUUACCCUCGAAGAGGAAGGACAGGGAGGCCACCAACAAAAACAGAUCCUAGACAUGAGAGCAGGCUGUCAAUUCUUGAGAGUUUGAAAAUAUAUGUUCCCAGAGAUGAAAGAUUUAGCCCUGCGAAAAUGUCAGAUAUAGCUGCUUAUGGGCUGAAAUUGAUUAUUCAAUUCUUAGUCCCUGGGAUUGGUGCACUGUUUGACAAAACUUUCAACGAGUUCGAAAAAAUUGAAGAAAUAGUAAAACUAUAUGAAGGAGAGAUCAAACUAUCUGAUGGCCCUGUAUUGUCAAGUGUUCGAGAACGUAUACCAUCAGAAAUGCUCAGAGAACUACUUCGAACUGAUGGCGAGCCAGUGCUUAAAUUCCCUAUGCCACAAGUGAUUAAAGCUAACAAGUCUGCUUGGAGGACUGAUGAAGAAUUUGCAAGAGAAAUGUUGGCUGGAAUAAAUCCUGUUGUCAUCCGCCGUCUACAAAAAUUCCCGGCAAAAAGCAAAUUGAAUCCUGAAGUAGAAGGACAUAAAGCGUAUGAUUUAGAGGGACUAACCGUACAUGAGGCAAUUGAGAAUGACAAACUAUUCAUAUUAGACCACCAUGAUGUAGUAAUGCCAUUUCUGAGGGGCAUUAAUACUACAGCGACAAAGACAUAUGCCACAAGGACACUCCUCUUCUUGAAAAAAGAUGGAACCUUGAAACCUGUUGCGAUUGAGUUAUGCUUGCCACAUCCAGAAGGGGAUGAAUUUGAUGAACUUAGUACAGUGUACACACCAGCAGAACAUGGUGCUGAAGGAACCAUUUGGCAGAUGGCUAAAGCUUAUGUUGCAGUAAACGAUUCUGGCUAUCAUCAACUCAUAUCUCACUGGUUGCUUACUCAUGCAGCAACAGAGCCAUUUAUCAUAGCAACAAACAGGCAACUAAGCUCCAUGCAUCCAAUUUAUAAGCUUUUGCAUCCUCAUUUCCGCGAUACAAUGAACAUAAAUGCAUUAGCUCGACAAACUCUAAUAAAUGGUGGUGGACUGCUUGAAAAAACUGUUUUUCCGGAAAAGUUUUCUAUGGAUAUGUCCGUUGUGGUGUAUAAGGAAUGGAAUUUUACUGAGCAAGCACUGCCAGCUGAUCUCAUCAAGCGAGGGAUGGCAGUGGAGGACUCGCAAUCUCCCCAUGGGGUGCGCCUAAUUAUAGAAGACUAUCCGUUUGCUGCUGAUGGACUUGAGAUUUGGUCAGCCAUAAAAUCAUGGGUUAAAGAUUAUUGCUUAAUCUACUACCCAACCGAUGAUAUUAUCCAAGAAGACUAUGAACUUCAAGCAUGGUGGACUGAAGUGCGCGAAAAGGGUCAUGGUGACAAGAAAGAUGAACCUUGGUGGCCUAAAAUGCAGACUCGGGAUGAGCUAAUAGAGUCAUGUACUACCAUAAUAUGGCUGGCUUCUGCUCUUCAUGCAGCAGUAAACUUUGGCCAAUAUCCAUAUGGUGGCUACCUCCCUAACCGUCCAGCAAUGAGUAGGCGCUUCAUUCCUGUUCCUGGCACGCCUGAUUAUGAAGAGCUUGAGUCAAACCCCGAAAAGGCCUUUCUAAAGACCAUCACUUCUCAGCUAUUGAGUGUUCUUGGAAUAUCCCUUGUUGAGAUUCUGUCAAGGCAUUCUGCAGAUGAGGUAUUUCUUGGACAGCGUGAUUACUCAGAGUGGACUACUGACGAAGAACCACAGAAGGCAUUCGAGAAAUUUGGAAGCAAGUUAAAAGAAAUUGAGAGCAAGUUGGAGGAAAUGAACACUAAUGGGAAAUGGAGGAACAGAGUUGGACCCGUGGACAUGCCUUACACUUUGCUCUAUCCUAGCAGUGAAGUUGGUCUCACCGGCAAGGGGAUUCCUAACAGCGUUUCCAUCUAAAGUAUGACCGUUUCCAGUUUACUCUGUAACUUUUGUUCAUUCACAUUUCGUGAGGAAUUGAUAUUGACAGCGUGUUAUCUUAAGUUAAGUUCAGUA